CUCCCCGCCCCGUCCUCCCACGCCUUCCCAAGCCUUCUUCCCCGACGCCAGCGCCUGCAGACCCCGCGAACGCCCUGGAGCUCGGGUCUGGUGGGAGGUGUGGCGCGCGUUGAAUGCUGUGUGGCCCCGACCGCACACCGACGCCUCUAGGAAAGGCUCCGAUCGUUCCUGUAUCAUGAUGGCAGCCGUCUGUUCAGCGCCUUCUACUUUUAAGACAUUAUUGCACUGACCCCGGGAACCCAGCCCUGCGGCCCGGCGGGGGCGGGGGCCUGACGGUCUGGUCUGUGUUGCAGUACGAGAUGUACACCAUCGAGCGGAACGCGGAGCGCACCGCCACCGCGGGGAGGCUGCUGUACGACAUGUUUGUGAAUUUCCCAGAUCAGCCGGUGGUAUGGAGAGAAAUCAGCAUUAUCACAUCAGCAUUAAGGAACGAUUCACAGGAUAAACAAACCCAAUUUUUAAGAAGUUUAUUUGAAACUCUUCCUGGUCGGGUCCAGUGUGAAAUGUUACUCAAGGUCACGGAACAAUGCUUCAACACCUUGGAACGAUCAGAAAUGCUGCUGCUCCUUCUGAGACGCUUCCCUGAAACAGUGGUGCAGCAUGGGGUUGGUCUUGGGGAGGCACUGCUAGAGGCUGAAACCAUUGAAGAACAAGAAUCUCCUGUUAACUGCUUUAGAAAAUUAUUUGUUUGUGAUGUCCUUCCUCUAAUUAUUAACAACCAUGAUGUUCGGUUGCCUGCCAAUUUAUUAUACAAGUACUUGAACAAAGCAGCUGAAUUUUAUAUCAAUUAUGUCACCAGGUCUACUCAGGUAGAGAAUCAGCAUCAAGGUGUGCAAGAAACAUCUGAUUUAAUGUCACCUAGCAAACGUAGCUCUCAGAAGUACAUAAUAGAAGGAUUGACUGAAAAAUCAUCCCAGAUUGUGGACCCUUGGGAGAGGUUGUUUAAGAUUUUGAAUGUUGUUGGAAUGAGAUGUGAAUGGCAGAUGGAUAAAGGAAGACGAAGCUAUGGUGAUACUUUGCAUAGAAUGAAGGAUCUCUGCAGAUACAUGAACAACUUUGAUAAUGAAGCUCAUGCAAAAUAUAAAAACCAAGUGGUUUAUUCCACUAUGUUGGUCUUCUUUAAGAAUGCAUUCCAGUAUGUCAAUAGCAUACAGCCAUCUCUCUUCCAAGGUCCUAAUGCCCCAAGCCAAGUUCCACUGGUUCUCCUGGAGGAUGUAUCAAAUGUGUAUGGUGAUAUAGAAAUUGACCGUAAUAAACACAUACAUAAAAAGAGGAAACUGGCAGAAGGAAGAGAAAAGCCCAUGCAGAGUUCCGACGACGAGGACUGUUCAGCAAAAGGAAGGAAUCGUCACAUUGUCAUCAAUAAAGCAGAACUUGCGAACUCAAUUGAGGUGUUAGAAAGCUUUAAGUUGGCCAGGGAGAGCUGGGAGUUGCUCUAUUCCCUAGAAUUCCUUGACAAGGAAUUUACACGAAUUUGUUUGGCAUGGAAGACGGAUACUUGGCUUUGGUUAAGAAUCUUCCUCACUGAUAUGAUCAUCUAUCAGGGUCAAUAUAAAAAGGCAAUAGCCAGCCUGCAUCACUUAGCAGCUCUCCAGGGAUCACUUCCUCAGCCACAGCUCACGGGACAGGGAACCUUGGAGCAUCAGAGGGCGCUCAUCCAGCUGGCCACUUGCCACUUUGCUCUAGGGGAGUACAGAAUGACAUGUGAAAAAGUCCUGGAUUUGAUGUGCUACAUGGUGCUCCCCAUUCAAGAUGGAGGCAAAUCACAGGAAGAACCUUCAAAAGUAAAGCCCAAAUUUAGAAAAGGUUCAGACCUGAAGCUUCUGCCUUGUACCAGCAAGGCUAUCAUGCCGUACUGCCUGCAUUUAAUGCUAGCUUGUUUUAAGCUUAGAGCUUUCACGGACAGCAGGGAUGACAUGGCUCUGGGGCAUGUGAUCGUAUUGCUUCAGCAGGAGUGGCCUCGGGGAGAGAAUCUUUUCUUGAAAGCUGUCAAUAAGAUUUGCCAACAAGGAAAUUUCCAAUAUGAGAAUUUUUUCAAUUAUGUUACAAAUAUUGACAUGCUGGAGGAAUUUGCCUACCUAAGAACUCAGGAAGGUGGGAAAAUCCAUCUGGAAUUACUGCCCAAUCAAGGAAUGCUGAUCAAGCACCACACAAUCACUCGGGGCAUCACCAAGGGCGUGAAGGAGGACUUCCGCCUGGCCAUGGAGCGCCAGGUGUCCCGCUGUGGAGAGAACUUGAUGGUGGUGCUGCACAGGUUCUGCAUCAACGAGAAGAUCUUGCUUCUGCAGACUCUGACCUGACGGGAGCCCUUUCCGCCAGAGACGAUACAAAAAUUUGGGGGAGACGUGAAGCCUUGAUAAAUGUCGCUUUACACCUCUUAAAACGAAGAAAUCCACCUAGGUUCUAACUCCUUGGUUACUUAAAAAUAGUUCCCGAAAGCCUGAGAAGCUACUUCUAUUUUUUAAAAGUCACUUUUUUUGGUAAUUUUUGUAAAACAAAAGAAUCUGUUUUGUAAAUUAAAAAAUCAUCCCAAAUUU